CAUCGGAUCUCGUUCAUUUCGAUCGUUCGGCGAACCACUGUCGGAACUGUCGCGAGGCUUCCGUUCGGAGGGUUCCCUUUCUCGGCUCCUUUCUCCACCUUUCUCUUUAAUCUCGCGGAAUUUGAGUCGCGCACUCGCGGGCUUCCUCGUUAUUCUUCUCGUCGCGGUCAACCAAAAAUUGCGGAGAAAAAUCCCGACGAGUAGUAAACGCGUUACUUGUUCUGCAGGCAAAAUUUCCUCUCCUUUAGGUUAGAACAGAGAUACAUAUUUUCCGAGAAGAAACGUCAAAAAAAAUCGAAUUGCACAGCUGAUCUUCGCUGAUAGACAAUCUUCUCGCCGAGAGAUAACUGGAGUUUCCCUAUCGCUUAUAUAUACAUCAUCAUCAUCCAUCAUCAUCAUCAUUAUCAUCAUCGUCGUCAUCGUCAUUGACGUCCAUAUCAUCGUUAUCAGUCGUGUUGCGUCAAGUUUCGCAUUGCUGUGCAAUAACAUAUAAUAUGGCCACCUGGGACGGCUCGUUCCAGACGGAGGAUCCGACCUACUCCGCGGAGAAUACCUGGACGUACUUCGACGAGGGCUCGGCGAGGAGCUACCAUCAUCCGGGACCCGGUGCUCUCUAUCGAAUCAAUCCUCAGCAUCCGUCGAAUAUGGUGUCUUUCGAAAACGCUUAUCAGGAACACAUACUGCCAAGCUCGUCGUCGAGUAAUUCGUAUCCUGUGAACGGCGUCGUCCCGGCUUCAUCAGGGCGCAACAUGCCCUUCUACCGGGACAAUUACAAGCCGAGAUCCAGGGGUAAUAGGAGCAAGCCCAUCUCGUCCGAAGGCGACUUCGUUCAGUCAAGCAUAGUGCAAAAUUCCAAUUUACAAGCCACAGCCAACGAAUUCGUGCCAAACAGCGUUAAGUCGAGUAAGAAGGACAGAUUUAACAAACAGGAGAAUCAUUAUGAUAAUGCAGUGGGAGGGAAUAGCUUUGAUGGACAGGAUUUCAGGCCUAGAUCGAUCAACAAAUACACAUCUUCAAUGGAUAAUAGAUAUAAAGGUGAGAGACGCUAUGAUAAUAGGAGGGAUGUCAAUUAUAGGCAGAAGAAUCAGCAAGAUGCUCCACCAAGAUCCAACUACAGGGAUCAGAGAAGUGGGAACGGUGGAAGGAACUACAAUAAAUUUCAGAAUGGCAAAUAUUAUAAUAGGAGACAUCAAUCGGAUACAUAUAUGGAACAAUACGUUGGGAAAGCUCGUACACCUACAAACGAAUACGGCAGCCCGUUUACAGUUGACAGACAGGAAAAUAAGGCUUUUGCUAAGGAACUUCAGGAGGCUGAUUUAUCCUCCGAUGUAGGUAGAAACGGAGGGACAAGCGAGAAUAAUGAUUCGGAGAAUGCAUCUCUGAAAGCCCAUGAGACACAACGAAAUGGUAAACCUAAACGAUUCAAUGAUCAAGCUAACACAUCUAACUAUUAUAAAUACAACAAUUAUAAAUAUAAACACUAUUAUAAACAAUACAAUUCUGAUGAUGUACAAUCCGAACCUGGUGGUAGAAAGAUUGCAAGUAAAAGUGUGGCAGUUACUACAAAAUAUACGCAUAAAAGAAACAAUGAGGUGACAGCAAAUUACAAAGAGAAGAACUUGGAGAAUUGGAGAGAUAGAGCAGAAGAUAAUGAGGCAGCUCGUGUACAGGGAAAAAGUCUAAAGAAUAAACCUAAAAUCGACGAUGACGCGAGUCAAAGGGAAAGAUUGACGGAGCAAUUGAACAGAGGAAUAUUAGAAUGUUUAGUCUGUUACGAGCAUAUCAAACAAAGCGAAUACGUCUGGUCCUGCAGUAACUGUUAUCACGUAUUGCAUCUAAAAUGCAUCAAAAAAUGGGCGAAAUCGUCUCAGAGCGAGAACAGUUGGAAGUGCCCAGCCUGCCGAGACAUUAGCCUUCUCGUACCAGAGGAUUAUUUCUGUUUUUGCGGAAAGAGGAAGAUGCCGGAGUGGAAUCGCAAGGACGUAGCUCAUUCGUGCGGCGAAAUCUGCGGUCGAAAUCUGUCCAAGAACAAUUGCACGCAUAAAUGCACCCUGCUCUGCCAUCCCGGCUCUUGUCCGCAGUGUGUGGCGAUGGUGACGAAAUAUUGCGGUUGCGGAAGAACGUCCAAGAUGCUGCUGUGCAGCGCUCAUGAACUGUUGCAAUGCGAUUUGAUAUGCGAGAAGGAUCUGUCAUGCGGCAAGCACACUUGUCAGAGAAAAUGCCAUCAGGGAGAAUGCGAGUCUUGCGACAAAACCGUGCAACAGACCUGUUUUUGUGGUAAGAAGACUCAAGAAGUACCUUGCCGAGCUAAUGUCACAGACACAUAUUCCUGUAACAAUAUUUGCAACAAACCAUUGGACUGCGAGAAACAUUAUUGCCAACAAAUCUGUCAUCUGGGGGCAUGCGAGCCUUGUUCCUUGACGCCAGAGAGAAUCACGACGUGCUGUUGCGGUCAGACGCCAUUGACGGAGAAGAGAGAGAGCUGCUUGGAUCCUGUGCCUACCUGCGACAAGAUCUGUUCUAAGCGUCUGAAAUGCGGUCAACCUAGUAAUCCACACAUCUGCAAGGCACCUUGUCAUGUCGGCGACUGUCCGGACUGCGACUUGAAUACCGAUGUCAAGUGCCGAUGCGGUAAUAUGGACCGCGAGAUCGCUUGCAAAGAGCUGACGAGUAAAGCCGACGACGCGCGCUGCGAGAAACGUUGCAAGAAGAAACGAUCCUGCGGCAAGCACAACUGCAAUCAAUUAUGUUGCAUCGACAUCGAGCACAUCUGCCCGUUGCCGUGUUCCAAGACGUUGAGUUGCGGUCGGCACAAGUGCCAGGAGAGAUGUCACAUGGGGAGAUGUUCGCCUUGUUGGCAGAGUAGCUUUGAAGAACUGUACUGCGAGUGCGGUGCCGAGGUGAUCUAUCCACCGGUAUCCUGCGGUACGAGAAGGCCCGUUUGCAAUCGGCCAUGCUCGCGCGAGCAUCCCUGCGAUCACGAGGUGCUGCACAAUUGUCACAGCGAGCCCGCGUGUCCGCCUUGCGGUGUGCUAACUCAGAGAUGGUGCCACGGCAAGCACGAGCUCAGAAAGGCUGUGCCGUGUCACGUGAAGGAGAUUUCGUGCGGUUUACCAUGCAAUAAGCCAUUAUUGUGUGGACGGCACAAGUGUAUCACGAUGUGUCACGCCGGGUCUUGCGAAAGACCUGGACAACAAUGCAUGCAACCCUGCAUCAUUACGAGGGAGAUGUGCGGACAUAUCUGUGCGGCUCCGUGCCACGAAGGCAAGUGUCCGGACACACCUUGCAAAGAGAUGGUUAAGGUUACAUGUCAGUGCGGACAUAGAACUAUGAGUCGUGUUUGCGCGGAUAAUGCACGAGAGUAUCAACGUAUAGCUAGCAACAUCCUAGCCAGUAAGAUGGCAGACAUGCAGCUCGGACAUUCCGUCGAUUUGGAGGAAGUUUUCGGACAAGGCGCGAAGAAGCAGAAUCAGUUGAAGACCCUCGAGUGCAACGAUGAAUGCAAGACGAUAGAAAGAAAUAGGAGACUCGCGUUGGGACUGCAGAUUGUUAAUCCCGACUUGAGCGGCAAGUUGAUGCCCAGAUACACUGAUUACAUGAAACAAUGGGCCAAGAAAGACUCGCACUUCUGCCAGAUGGUCCACGACAAACUGACGGAAUUAGUCCAACUGGCGAAGACAUCUAAGCAGAAAUCUCGAAGUUACUCAUUCGACGUUAUGAACAGAGAAAAACGUCAUUUCGUUCACGAAUCGUGCCAACAUUUUGGCUGUGAGAGUCAAGCGUACGAUGAGGAGCCGAAAAGGAAUGUUGUCGCCACUGCUGUAAAAGAUAAAUGUUGGCUACCAAGUUACAGUUUAUUGGAAGUGAUACAGCGGGAAAAAGGACAAAGAAAAGUUCCAGGACCGGUACUUAACGCUUCUAAGGGAAAUAAUUCCACAAAGACUGUUCUUUCAUUACCCGUAAAACAGAGUCAAAAAUCAAUAUCAUCCUCAUCAACUACAAAAACACCUGACAAAGAGAUAGAUUAUUUUGACUAUCAAGGAUGAAUCGGCAAAUAAUCAUCAAUGUAUAAAACAACUGUAUAAUGUGACCUGUACAAUGUGUAUCAUAAAUGAAGCUUAUGGGUACAACUAUAAUUAUAUGAUGAAUAUCAUGAUUUUGUGACUAGAAAUGUAAGAUAUAUGUUAUUAAUUGGUUAUUAAUUAUUUUUGGUUGGUUUGUUUUUU